AUGCGGGCGCUGAAGACGGUGGAUCGCCCACAGUUGGACAGUACCUAUCAUGGAGCCGACGGCAAUAGCAUGACCAAAAAGGAAUGGGUUCAUGUGGGCCGCGGACAGUUGGUCAGCAAGGACGGCAUUUUUUCAUCUCUGUAUCUUGCAGACAUGACAUCUGAUCCUAUGGAUCCGAUCUACGAAGCAGACGAGGAAUACCAAUUCCUAUUUCCGAAUUUCCGAGGAUGGGUCUUCCUCUUCUUGCUGAUGAUUUCAAUGCCUGGCAGUCGGUGUAUCAGAAUGAAGAAGCGACGAAAGGCUUCCGAGGACUGA